CCUUUAUCUCCUCAGACUUGCUUGGUUAUGGUUCUGUGUUGUGGACUUGGUGGAAGUGUUGGAUUGUUUAAAUUGUAACCGCUAGAGGGAUACAUAUACGCCUUCCAAACUCCGUAAACACCAUCCCAUCACUAUGUGCCAUAGAGAGAAUUACCGUCAGUGAGAGUUGCCUACCUGUGUGACUUCCCACUUUGAAAAAAAAAAAAAAAAAACCCCACAGCCCCGGAACAUUUGAAACAUGAGUUGUUCUUAAAAAGACUUAGAGAGAAACUGCCUCUAAAGCGGACGACGAGCUCCGACUCCUCCAAGUGUAUCUGCUUCAGGCAAUCAAUGAGGACCGCGAUGCUUACUUCUGCAGCUCUCUGUCCCUCUUUCUCUCUUUCGCCUCACCAGAUAUUAUAGUGCAUUUCAACUUUUGUACAGGCACACAGGCAAAGGGAAGUUUGGAUUCCAUUUUUGAUCACAAUUUACCUCUUGUUUCCUUUAAUAAAUAUGAGAGGUCGGUUUGUUGUCACUUUUCUUUGGAAUUUAAUAUGUGCCAUUUCUUAUGCUGUUUUACGGGUAGGAUAAGGAAACAACAAAAAGGUGUGACAGGAGCUUGGCGGACAACUGUGGAUUUCUGCGAGUAACUCCUACCGUCCAAAGGGGAUGAGGGGGGCAUCGGCCGGACCCCCCUCUUGAUUGAUUACUUAUUAGUCAUCCCUUUGGCUAAAUGGGACCCAUUGAAAAGGCACCGUGGAACACAUACAUGAAUCAAAUAUUCCUGUGUCCCCUGAAUGUCUCCAGAGUAGUUUUGCUUAAGAGAGGGGGUCGUGGCUUAGCAUUAUAAAGAGGGAAAAACAGCAUAGCUUUAUGGGUUUAUUUAGACAGUUUCUACGGUUUGACAUUCUACCGCUGUAAAAAGAGAGAGGGAAAAAAACUCGAGAGGAUUCCAAAGAGGAGAACAUUUGUGGACAUACAUAUUUUUGUAGUUAUUCCGUUGUUUCUUUUAUUUUUUUUUUCUCUUAUUUUUAAAUAUUUUUUGGCCAUUUCCUCUCCCGAAAAAUGAAACUUUGGACAUCACCCUGGGUGUCUUGCCUGGUGAUUCUCAUCUUGUGUUUUGGAUCAGAGUGCGGGACAGCCCGGAGAAAGGGGAGAUCCAAGAGGGAGUUGGUGCGCAUUAGGGAGGCGAAAGCCACCAUCCCAGGGGCUUGUGCCACACGUCUGCCCCGGGGCAAACGGUCUUUGCCCGGCUUGGAGCGACGGGUGCUUCGCCAGCGUCGGCGCUCCUCGCAUGCGGAGGAAAACUCUCCAGACCGGGGGAACGCUGUCUAUUUCACCGGCAUGGGAGAUCAGCUACGGCUGAAGCCUGGCGUGGAGAUACCCAGAGGAAAUUUCACUCUGGAGAUGUGGAUCAAACCGGAGGGAGGUCAACGAUCACCCACAGUGAUUGCAGGCCUGUACGACAAAUGUUUCUAUGCCUCCAGUGACCGCGGCUGGCUGCUUGGCAUCCAGGCAGUUAGUGAACACGGGAACCGUGAACCCCGCUUCUUCUUCUCCCUUAAAACUGACCGUGCCCACAAAGUGACCUCAAUCCACUCCAAUGCUCGCUACGUCCCCAACCAAUGGGCACAUGUGGCAGUCACAUAUGAUGGCGUGUACAUGAAGCUAUUCGUCAAUGGUGCCCAAGUGGGCGUCAGCCGGGAGCAAUCGGGUGAUGUCUUCAGUCAUUUAACCAAAAAGUGCAAAGUGCUGAUGAUUGGGGGGAAUGCACUGAAUCAUAAUUACAGGGGAGCAGUGGAAAGGGUGGGUCUAUGGAGGCAGGCCCGAGGGCAGAGGCAGAUUAUCAGGGAUAUGCAGGGCCACGAUGACCCCCAAGAUCUACCUCAGCUGGUCAUUCGUGAAACUUUUGAGCACCCAGGCCGAAAGUGGCUGACUGUAAAAGAUGGUAGCUUUCCUCUGCCUGAGCAGGGAGGAGGUGGGCGAUUUAUGGGCGGCGGUGGUGUUGGAAAUGCUGAGGGAUUACUGGACACAACGCUGGACCCCCCAACUUGUGGUCAAACUGUCUGUGACAACGUUGAGGUUAUCAAUAACUACAACCAGCUUUGGACAUUCCGCCGGCCCAAGAAAGUACGAUAUCGUGUCAUAAAUAUAUGGGACGAUGCACGGAUGAGGCCGACUGUAUCUGACCACCAGAUCAGCCUGCAGCACCAGCAGCUAAAUGAUGCCUUUAGCCCCUACAACAUCACCUGGGAGCUCAGCAUUCACAAUGUGACCAAUUCCUCCCUUCGUAACCGGCUGAUUCUAGCUAACUGUGAUAUCAGCAAAGUCGGCGAUGAUGCAUGCGACCCAGAAUGCAACCAUCCGCUGACAGGGUUUGACGCAGGUGACUGCAUGUCUGGGCACCGGAGCCGUUGCCCUGAGCACAAACAGGGGAAUGGUGUAUGUGACCCUGAAUGUAACUGGGAAAACUUCUUGUAUGACCUUGGCGACUGCUGUAAUCCCAAUGUGACCGAUGUGACCAAGACAUGCUUCAAUCGCUCCUCUCCACACAAAGCCUAUUUGGAUGUGAAAGAGCUGAAAGAGAUUCUGCAUUUGGAUGGCUCAACUCACCUGAAUGUCUUCUUUGCCAACUCUUCUGAUGAAGAUCUGGCAGGGGUUGCCACUUGGCCGUGGGACAAAGAAGCCCUCACACAUUUGGGUGGAAUUGUGCUGAAUCCUUCCUUCUACGGAACAUUUGGUCACACUGACACGAUGGUCCACGAGAUCGGUCACAGCCUUGGGCUUUACCAUGUGUUCCGAGGUAUAUCAGAGAUCGAAUCGUGCAAUGAUGCAUGUUUGGAGACUGAGCCCUCAAUGGAGACUGGAGAUCUGUGCGCAGACACCAACCCCACCCCCAAAUACAAAGGCUGCCAUGAUCCCGAGCCGGGCAACGAAACCUGCGGCUGUCGGCAUUUCACACACACGCCGUUUAACAACUACAUGAGUUAUGCAGAUGAUGCCUGUACAGACUCUUUCACACUGAACCAGGUGGCUAGAAUGCACUGCUACCUGGAUCUCAUCUACCAGACCUGGCAACCCUACUCCAAACCUCCUCCAGUGCCAAUGGCGCCGCAAGUUGUUGAGCAGCAUCAUAAUUCUAUCACCCUGGAAUGGUUUCCACCGAUUUCUGGACACUUUUAUGACAGAGAAGUGGGAUCAGUGUGUGAUAAAUGCACUGAGGGGAAAGUUCUGCUGCAGUAUGCCUCCAACUCCUCAUCUCCACGACCGUGUGCCCCUUCUGGACACUGGUCCCCACGAGAGGCUGAAGGGCCUCCAGAUGUGGAGCAGGCUUGUGAGCCAAGUGUCCGCACCUGGAGCCCCAAUGCAGGGACUGAGCACGGCGUUGUCGGCCUGUCGGAGUGCCCCCUCCAGGGCUGCAUGCUUCAGCUGGAGUUCCCCUACCCGCUGGUACCAGACUCUCUUACCGUGUGGGUCACCUUCUUCAGCCCCGAAGAAGCAGCGCUGCCAGCCAUCCACAACAUCUUGCUGCUGACUGUCAGUGGGAACAACAUUCCACUUGGCCCCAGUCAUGUCUUCUGUGACACCCCACUGACUCUGAAGCUGGACACCGAAGAAGAAGUGUAUGGGGUACAGUUUUUCACUAUGGAGCAACACCUAGAGAUUGAUGCCACCCUCUUGGCAUCCAAGCCAGACUGCAUACUUUGUAGACAUUGCCAACCACUACGCUACCGCCUGUUGCGCCAGCCACCCUUCACCCAUGCACCACACAGUCUGAUGCUCAAUGAACCUACCCGCCGAUAUACAGACAGGGAUGUGGUGCCACAUGUUGCGUACACCUACCAAGUCCAAACCAUAUCCAGCCGGAGUGAGAGUGAGCCCUCCCCACCUCUGGUGCACGAACUGGGGUCGCCCUACUGCGGGGACGGACGAAUCCAGAGCUCCAAAGGAGAGGAAUGUGAUGACAUGAACUCCAUGAAUGGGGAUGGCUGCUCCAGUCAGUGCAAGAAGGAGCCGUUCUUCAACUGUGUUGAGGAGCCAAGCAUGUGCUACUACUAUGAUGGUGAUGGAGUGUGUGAGGACUUUGAACGAGAGACUGGUGUGAGAGACUGUGGCCUCUACACCCCCAGUGGUUUCCUGGACCAAUGGGCCUCCACCGUCGAGGUUUCCCAUGAGGAGAAGCCUUACUGCUCUGGUGAGGUGGCUGCUGGAUACCCUGCUGUUACUAAGACAUGUCAGUCCAAGGUGUUCGAUCUAUCAGAUGGAGUGUCCCAGUAUGCAUGGUUCCCCUGUCGUGAGGCCCAUGAGUCAGCCUGGGGAUAUCCGAGCUAUUGGCUCAAGGCCCACUUUUCUCAUCCCAUGGUGGCAGCGGCAGUGAUUAUACACCUGGCUGCUGAUGGGACUGGCUACAUUGACCAGACUCAGUGUAACAUCACUGUUCAGCUAGUGGACACCAAGGAGGGCAUCCAUAGUCUCGGUGAGUGGCGUCUCAGCUGCCGCACCAACCCUCUGGUGAUCCCAGUGAACCACGACCUGUCCGUGGCCUUCUACCACACCAAGGCCAUCCUGGUCAUGUUUGCCUCUCGCCUUGUGGCCAUCUCGGGUGUAGGUCUGCGCUCCUUCCAGUCCUUUGACCCCAUCACUAUAAGCGGUUGCCAGAGCAAUGAGAUCUACAACCCCACAGGCCAGAGUUGUGUACAUUAUUCGUGCGAAGCCAUUGACUGCCAGGAACCCUUAAUCCGCAAUGCAGAGCUCAAGUGCAGUAGCCCUGGCCGCCACUUCUACAAUGGGGACCGCUGCACCAUCUCCUGCAACUCUGGCUACGUCCUGCAAAUCCACCAGGAUGAUGACAUCAUCAAGAGCCAGUCGGACUCCUCGGUGACUAUAACGUGUGCGAAUGGGAAGUGGAACAAACAGGUGUCGUGUGAGCCUGUGGACUGUGGUCUGCCUGACAAAUACCACGUUCAUCCUGCCCAUUUCAACUUCCCAGACGGCACUACCUACGGCAAGAAGAUCACCUUUCAGUGUCGAGAACCUGCCCAGCUUGUAGGUACAAACAACACCCUUACCUGCCUAGAAGACGGACUGUGGUCCUUUCCAGAGGCCCUUUGUGAGCUUCGCUGCCCAGCCCCUCCUCCUGUACCCAAUGCUGUGCUGCAAACCAAGCGAUGCAACGAGACAGGCCUCAAAGUGGGCACGCUGUGCAAGUACAAGUGCAAGCCAGGCUACCAUGUCACCAACAAACCUAAGAGGCGUGCAUUUAAGCGGCAGUGCACGGAGGAUGGCAGCUGGCUAGAGGGGGCAUGCGAGCCAGUGACUUGUGAUCCCCCACCUCCAAUUUUCCAUGGCUCUUAUCACUGUACCGAUGGCUUCCGCUUUGACAGUGUCUGCAGACUCAACUGCUCUGAUCCUGCCGGUAAUUCCGCUAUCACCGCCACAGGAGGCUCUGCCCAUACGGGUGCAGCAUCCAAUGUGAUCCGCUGUAGGAAGGAUGGAAACUGGACAGGGUCGUUCCGCCUGUGCCCACACAGCAAAGGCCAGUGUUCUUUACCUCAAAACCUCCAUUAUAGCCUACAGUACUCAUGCAAGCGAGGACACGGCAUAGGUGAGGAGUGUGAGCUGAGCUGCAGAGAGAGUAACAACGACGUGGUGAUCCUCCCUAGCAACAUGACCGUUGAAAGUGUACUUAAAGAGCACUGGAGGAACCCGAACAAAGUCAAGACUAUGGUGUGCACAAUGGGACUGAAGUGGUAUCCACACCCAGAAUUUCUCCACUGUAUCAAAGGAUGUGAGCCAUUCAUGGGAGACAACUACUGUGAUUCGGUCAACAACAGAGCCUUCUGUAACUAUGACGGAGGAGACUGCUGCCAAUCCACUGUCAAGACCAAGAAGGUGAUUCCAUUCCCCAUGUCCUGCGACAUACGGGAUGAGUGCUCCUGUCGGGAUCCCAACGCUAUAGAGAACAGAAAGGAUGAACACGUCCAUUCCCUGGGGUGACCAACCUGAGCAGGGACCUCUGUUCAACGUCCCAGGAACCUUGCUCCAACACAACACAGCCAGAGUGGCCGAGGCAGACCCCUCCUUCAUCCUCCUCUCGGCCUCCAGUUUCCUGCACAUGCUGCUUAACAGGCAUACCUCUCCAUCCAUACUGCAACCCCAACCAGCUGAAAUGCCUCCACCUCCACCUCACAGAAAGAUCUAGAAAAAGAGGAUGGGACCCAUGAGACUCCACAGAAAACUUCAUUUCUCAGCUAAAAAGGAAAGUAACCCUGCAAUAUCAUCAAUAAAAAAACAAAACAAAAAAAAAAAACAUAGCAAGGAGAAAAAAAAUUACAUGAAACAGACACUUUUUUGAAAGAAUAAGAAAACAAACAAACAAACAAAAAAAAAUAAACAAAAACAUAACCAAGCCUAGGUAGCAUGCCUUUUGUUCAGUUUUGUGCUGGCUUCAGUGUCUAUUUUAGUGACCUUGUUCUACAAUCACACGAUUGAACCUAAGGUACCUUAAAAUGUGCAAGUUGGGGAUUGUGUUGAUGUUGGCUCUGUGUUUUUGCAAAUAUGAAGGAAAUCAAAAACAAAUGUUAAAAAAUAAUCCUCACACACUUUGAAGGCAUGUUCAACACCUUUUUGGAGGGGCUAGAAGUUUGGGCUUAUAUCAUUCCUGGUUUCUAACUGGUUAGACAUUCUGUAUCUCUAUGUCCUUUUUCAGUAAAGUGUGUUUCUUCAUAGGCACAUCAGAGGCUAUAGAGGUUAUUCCUAGCUUGGUGGGGAAUGAGACAGCCAUAUUCUUAAGGCAAGACACUACAGGUGAAUAGAGUAAAAAAAAAUUAAUUAACACGGAUCACCAUGAAACUUUCCCAGUUGUUUCCUUACAUUAAGACAACUAUUUCUUAUGUUACAAGUUUUGUGAAAUUUUCUGUUUAAAUAUGCAAAUGACGCAUUAUGUAAUUUCUAACAGAAAUCUAAACAUUGGAUGACGCUAGAUUCAAAAUUCUUGUUUCCUUUUGUUGAGAUAAUAGAGUCAAGUGUUUUUACAGAGGUGGUUUUGAAUAGAUGUUUUAUCUCUCCAUGAAUCAGAAAUGACUGUCAGCCAUAACAAAUUCAUUUUGGCCAUGCUUUUAGUAAUAAAAUGUUAUAUAAAUCAGGCUAUGAAUGAUAUAUGUACAAACCCCUCUGUAAAAACCUACAGAAUACAGACAAGAGUAAAACUGGAAAGUUUGGUGUUUGUAAGUGCUGCUGAAGUGGAGAUUUCUGGCUCAGAGUAUGAGGAAAAAAUUCAUUUUGAGAAAACGGCCUUCAAAGAUAUUUAUUGUAAAAUUCCAUAAAUUUUUAUUGGAAACCACUAUUUACACAGGAUACACAGGAAAUGACCAUGUUUGGAUCCCAUUACAUUUUGCAGGAAAGAGAGAGAGCUUUACAACGACACCUGUGACGACAUGGUGUGGACAAUGAUUGCGGUACUACAUGUUGAGUUAGAGUGCUAACUGAAUUUAGGAGAAAUCUACAGAAACAAAUAGACAAAGUGUUGUAAAAUAAACACUUAAAUGUGUAUUUUGGAAGUUAUCUUUCCACUAGUCUAAAAGGAGACAUGAUAUGGAAGCAGAAUAGCCCAAAAUCUCAAAAUCGACUAGUGUAUGAAAAAACAAAGUUUUUGCCUGCCGUGUCUCGCCUUAAUUAAGUUUCAAGCCACAGAUUCAACACAAAAGCCAAAAUGAAAUACACAAACACAAAAAAACCUGAGAGCAAAAUCCUGAAUGCAUAAUCGAAACAUUUUUAGCAUGACUUCUGCUACUGUGUUUGCUGCUACUCGCCAUCGUCACAUCAUAUCUGAUAGGGUUAGACAGCUUUGUCUGCCUUGCUGCUUACAGUACCUCCUUCUAGCAUUCAUUCACACUUGCAUGUUAGUACACUAUACUUUCAGCUCACAUUAAUACAUGUUGACAACACCACAUAUGAAAUGCACUAAGAACUUUAAAAAAAAAAAAAAAAACCCAGAACCUCACUUGUCAUUCCCAUUUAACCCAGCUGCCCAAGAAAAUACUACACACAUUGACCACGACUUAAAGAAUGUCAUCGAUAACACCUCACUUUGGGUUGGCGUGAUUUUAGUUUCAGUUUGAACUCCUCCCUCAUGGUGCUUGAUGAGAACACUGUUACCUCAAGCACUGAUUUAAAACGUUUAAACUGAAAAUAAAAUGAUCCCAGCCCUUUUCAGAAUGUAGUCAAUGCUUUUCAGGAGUCUGUGGCUUCUUUUAUUUUUUUUUGAUUGCACAGUACUGCACAGCACAGUCACACAAAAGUACAGAAAUAAAAGGGCUGGACAUAGGCCAUGGCUCUUAGUGAAAAUGAGUAUAGGUGGAAGGAUACCACAUGUGACACACACACCCACGAGAAUACAUAUACACUUUUCUCUCAUUCUCUCCCCUCCCAGUAGUAUUGGACUCUCAGCUCCAGCUCUGCAGGCAACAAUGUUGUCUAUAAAAAUGACAUUUGGAUGUAUAUGUCAGUACAGCAUUAGCAGUCACAAUAUGAUCAAAGGUCCCUAAGAUUCUCUGUUUUAGUCAUUUUACUAUUAUGUUUGUCUCUGCAGUAAAAAAGUGCACUUGGUUGUGAUCAGCACUUUUCAGUAUUGUGAACUUGGGUGUCCGUCCCCACCAAUUAACAUCAUUAGAUUAUAUGGCUGCUACAACAGCUUUGUAUUUUGUUACUCAUCAUUCCACACACACAUAUACACACUAGAUUUUUCUCAUGCACAUUUGAUAAUGAAGGCUGCUUGGCAUAUUGGUCCAAAUUUUGCUGCUCCUACUUGGCUGCAACAAUAACCAUGGUUACAGUCAGCAUGGUUAUAACUUUUAAUUUCAUUUUGGGUCAAUGGCACAGUCCCUCUGACUCAUAUUAGGCUGCUAUAGCAUUCCAGAUCAUUCUCAUAAGUAGGGAAACAAUGUGUAUACAACAUGCUGUACAAGUGGUGAUGUAAGACCAAUUUCAUGUCAUUUUUCAAACUAAUGUUAGUGAAGAACUAAGACAAUACCACGACAUGCGGAGAAAGUGAAAAGGUAUUAUUUUCCACCAAAUACAAAGAAAAAAAAAUAUUGUGUAAAUAUAAAUAUAUGUUCUUGAUGGACAGGAGUGUUGAGAAAUGUUUUUAGUUUGUUUUUUUUUUGUUUUCAUUUUCAGUUUUUUUUUUUUACAAAAUGUCAUAUUUAAUCAGUGUUUGUAUUAUUGACCUCAGUUACUGCACUUUUUAGUUGCCAUGUAAGAAGAAAAAGUAUAUCUUUCAAAAAUGUUUAGAAGCUGCUAUUGUCAGAAUGGUGAUCUGAAACAAACUGUAUGAUAUUCGGUCAUUUGACUCCCUGUGUUGCUAUUAGCUUUCCUAUCAUUAGUGUUUUAGUCGUAUCUGACCCUAGAUACUCCUCUUGACUUUGCAUUCAAUGUUAUCAAUGUCACUAUGAACCAUAUAUUCAUCUUCCGUCAUCUUUAGAGGCGCCAGAUCUUACAAAAUAGGGUACACACCAAUGCAUUAUCUAUAGAAAUACCGUAUAUUGUCCACAUAUUUAAGGUCUAGCUAGAUUGCAAAGUUGUUUGUCUUUUGUUUUGCCCUGAUGUUUAUCUUAGGUUAAAGGUGUAAAUUUUGGAGAAACCUAGAGAUGCUGAAGGUGAAGGAAAAACUUAAAUGAAGAAACUCCCAUUUAAAAAAGGGACUCUUAAAAGAAUUUGUAACUUUUAUGAAAUAUGAAACUUUGUAAGGACGUUCUAAAGGUUACAUCAUCUUCAAAGAUUGCAUUUAACACUUUAUAUGAAAGGUAUAUAGCCCUGGUUUAAAAAAAAAAAAAAAAAAAAAAAAAAAAAAAAGAAUAAAAAAAGACUUGUAUUAUGUUGAUAUUAUCAAAUUAUAUGUAAUGUUAGUACUCCAGAUACUGCUGCUUUACAUAGAACUGUUACCAGUGGGGAGAGACUGACCUGCAAUCACUACACUAUGCCAAUGACAUGCAGUACUGUGGUUCAUCAUCUGCCAUUGAGGUCACUGGAAAGCCAAUUCCAACCAUUUGAAUGGAUGAAUCCGAAAUCUGUCAUUGGAUCCUUCCCUUCAUCCUAUAAACUGAGUCAAUACAACCUGUUGUUGCUUCCACAUACUUUGACUAACUUAUAAAUAUCCUCCUCAACAAUUACUUGUAUCACCUGGAUACCAAAACAUCUUAUCGUUAUUACUAUCAGAAAGGCUACAGAAUGUGACUGCAUGUCAACUUGAAAAAUUAUAUUCUUAAUAUUGGAGAAGGUACCCAUAAGCCAUAGCUAAACAAGAUAUUCAUGGAAGAAAGUAUAAGAUUGCGCAUUGGAUGAGGACAUCACCUCUCUACUGUAGUCUUCACAGGAUCCCUUGCUGUACCUCAUGCCUGUAAUGUUUGCUGCUUCUAUAUUUUUGGUAUUUUAGUGACAUUUUUGCGUCUCAUAACAAUGGUGUAAAUAGUAGAACUAUUUAUUGAGAGUGUUAUACUUUUUUAAGUUAUAUUUAAUGUCCAUGUAAGUUAUUUUUUACAUUGUUCUUAUAAACAAAAACAUUAUUGGUUGUGAGUCAAAACUGUCAUUUUGUCUGUUAUCACACUCGGUUGUGAUCAUUGGCGUCAAGCGUUGAUCAGACAUACAGUACACUUCAAGCCCACAACCAUGAAUGAAAUCUCAUUGGUCAUUAAGUGUAGAUGGACACUGCUUGUAUCCAAUGAGGAUUUGCCACAUUUAAAAUGUUACUGAGUGCAGUGUAUCUUUUUUUCCCUUUAAAACCAGAAUGUAAAGUUUUUGUUUUCUGUUUUUUGUUCUUCUUGAUUUGCUUUUUUUUAAAUGCACACAUUAGCCAUACUUACAAGGAGUUGUGAAAGGAGAACCAAGUAUAUAAUGGUCAAGUACAUAAAUCCAUAAUAUAGCAAACAACAUUUUCAGAGCCAGGGUAAGGCACAAGGAAUAUAUGUACACAGCCGGCUGAGGGCAGGAGAAAAUGGGCAAGUGGCAAAGAGAGGGAUCAAAAAUUAAGGGAAAGAAGGACUGGAGGUCAAAAGGCAGCCGAUGGUGCUCCAGAUAGAGCGCUCUUAGAGGGGGGGUAGAGGGGGGGCAAAGAGAGAGGUAGGGAUGGGUGGGCUGCUUUUCCUGGCCAGUCUAGGUAUUUGUCCAGGUGUGAAAAUGUGUACUCACAGAGGCUGCCCCUGGGCCAGUGGUGGCCGGUGCUGACUGGCAACAAGCCGAGGCCAAUGAGUCAGAGUUUCUUCUAGGGGUGGCAGCCAUCCCUCUCUGGGACUCCCCCCCACCCCACCCCACCCUACCCCACCCACCACCACCAUCACCACCCUCCUACCUCCACCUCCCCACUCCUCGACACACUGCCUCAUCUGUCACUGUCAGGUAUGCCUGCUUAGGGCGGCCAGGGUCAAGCUGGCCCUGUAAAAAUGAGAGAGGAUGUUUGCCCAGCUUACAGAGCCUUUUGAAGUUAGGCUGAAGGAACACAGUUCUUCUCACCUAGAGCCUAUGCUUAUCACAUAAUAUGAUUUGUGUAGCAGUCUUUUUUGACGGGCUUUGAUACCUCUCCACAUUUUCCACCAACAGUCGCUCCUUUGUUUCUAAUUUCACACCUGGUAUUUGUAUUGCUCUUCUAAAAAUGGCAGAAACUUUGUAGUGUCUAACUCAUUACGAAGCGAUGGGGAGUAUAAUAAAGAGUGUCUGAAGCCCUAAUGUUUUUUGCUCAGAUCAUUGUGGAGAAAAAUACUGAUGUGCCAUCUUGUUGUAAGACAUUUUCUUUGUGUAUUGUAACACAUGAAGUACCUCUCACAGGCCUCUGGUUAUAGAAUGGUCCACUUAUGUCUGUUUCCUAAUCCCUAAAUAAAUAAAAAAAAAAAGGUGAAUUGUCCUUUUUUCUAAGUGGGAAGUACAAAAAAAAGUGUAUUUACAUAUUAUGUGGAUAUCUAGUGGUAUUACUGCAAUGUUUCGUACCUGAUUGCUCAACAAAUAUAUUUUAAGAUGUAAAUAAUAUUAUAUGAUGAUUGUAUUUGCAAACCAUGUACUAACUGUUUGGGAGUAGCUCUCUUGGAUUCAUUUUUAUCAUAACUAUUAUACAAAGAGAUGAACCGUGAAUAUGUUGUGCAUUGUGUCAAAGUAUCACCUGCAAAGACAGAAAAAAAGAAAAAAAAAAGACCUGUGAUGCUUUACCACACCACUCGCUGUCAGCAUUUAUUUGUUCAUAAAGGCUUAGUACAAGCACUGUUGUCAGGUGUCUAAACCAUGAAUUUAUCCAUUGAGUCAUAAAUUAUUUAUUUGUUGUCAAGAUGAAUAAAAUCAUAAUGGUCAUUUCUGGGUCUUAGGAGUCUGUUGAAAUUGAUCCUCAUAAUCAAGCUUGACUGAUCUUUGUUAUGCAUUGAGAAGUUUUCAAAUUUGAUCUGCGUUGACUGGCACCAACCAACAGCUUUCAUUUGUCCUCACUCCAUACUGUAUAUUGUUGAGUCUUAUCCCUAUGCCUUUGUGUUUGCUGAGAAUUUCACCAACACUGUAAAGGUAGCCAUCAGACUCAGUAGUCCCUCCCUCCCUCUCUCCCUCCCUCCCUCUGAUGGCCUCCUCUCUCUUUGGUUCUUACACAGUAUGCACUUUUUCAGGCACAUAUACAACAGAUUGGACUUUUAUGUUUCAGUCGAUGUUUCUCUCUGUUUUCACAGUUGCAAUUAUAUAUAUUUUUGGUGCUCUGGUACAUGGCAAAACAUGUCUGAUGUGUACUAUAUUUUCAUAAGGAAGAGUCAUACAGAUGAGUAUCAUGUUCAUUUUGCUGUCAUUUAUUGUGUAGAAAUAAAACAC